AACAACUACCACAUGCCCCACCACGUGUUCAAGCAGCUGCAGCUCAAGCACUACCGCCAGGAGUGCUCGGAGGUGGUGCCGGGGGAGCUGUACAUCUCCAGCUACCAGGUGGCGAGCAAUCUGGAGAGCCUCCAGAGGUGGCGCAUCACGCACAUCGUCAACACCGCCGCGGACGUCUGCGACAGCUGCUUCCCCGACCUCAUCACCUACACGACCUACUACCUGAAGGACCUCCGACACGAACAGCGAGGAGAUAUCCCUGCUAUUCUACAGGACGCUGGAGUGGAUCCAGAACGCCAUUAA